AUGUCUCGUGGCGGUGGACGAGGACGCGGUGGAGGAAGAGGUGGAGGCAGAGGUGGCUUCGGCGGUGCCAGCAAUCCGCCACCAAUGGGCCUAACUUUUGCUGAUCUCCAAAAUUUAUCGAGGGAGGCUACCGCUUUGUAUCCCCCCAGGGACCUUCCAAUCUUCACAGAACCCACCCAUGAAGAGAAACGGAUUGCCGAGCUUCAGUUAGCGUAUGCUGCUCGUAUGCGCAAGUCAGAAUAUUAUGUCACCGAAAAACCCAAGACGACGGAACUUGAACGUUACUCGGACAAGUAUCGACCAUCAGUCGCGGCGCGUCCAGAGCUACAACGAGAUAGACUGCACCAGGCUUUUUUUCCGGCAGAUGUCUUUAACGACUGCUUCUAUCUGAAGGGGAGAAAGAAAAAGACUUCCCGGCGGUCGACAGGGAAGUCUAAACUGAACCUAGACGCGCUAGGCGACGAUGCCGAUGAGGGGGAAAAAUCCGAUGGUGAACGAUCGGAGGCUGGCUCUCAGGAAGCCCCAGAUUACGACGUCGAUGAGGAGUACGACAACGACUACGCCGAAAACUACUUCGACAAUGGGGAAGGUGACGACUUGGACGACCUAGGGGAUAGUAGAGGUGGAGAUGAUGAUGGUGGUGGUGGAGGCUAUGACUAG